ACACUUAUUCUCUCUUCUACAAUAAGAUAGUGUCAUGGUGAUACAAAACAGCUAGCUAGUUUUGGCUCAUUAUAUUCCCCAUAUGCCCCAUACCAUUCUCACAUUCCCUAUAUAUUUCCCACUCUUUCUGUGACCCUCUCCACACAAAGACACAAUCAUGGCCAUAGCAACCACUUCCAUUCUUCUAUCCUUUCUCAUUCUUUCCCUCUUUGUGGCUGAAAUCUAUGCAAAUAGACAAGUCAAAGCUCUUAACAUACUUCACAAGUCCAAGUUCAGACGAAAUUCACAAAUCGAUAAGAGUGAUUUUGAGGUAGAGGAGUUGGUGCUUGAUGGCAUUGUUCAUUCUCAAGAGGGUAUCAAAGAAAAAGAUAGAAUUUUGAGGCUUCCGGGGCAACCCCAAGUGAAUUUUUCUCAGUAUGGAGGGUAUGUCACUUUGGAUAAAUUUUCAGGACGUGCUUUUUACUAUUACUUUGUUGAAGCUCAGCAUUCUGAACAAACACUACCACUUCUUCUUUGGCUCAAUGGAGGUCCAGGAUGUUCAUCUCUUGCUUAUGGAGCAAUGCAAGAACUUGGACCUUUCCGAGUAAACAGUGACGGCAAAACACUACACAGAAAUAGCUUUUCAUGGAACAAUGUUGCCAAUGUUUUAUUCCUCGAGUCACCCACUGGAGUAGGAUUUUCCUAUUCAAACAAAUCAUCAGAUUAUAACACCAAUGGAGACAAGAAAACUGCUGCGGAUAAUUAUUUAUUCUUGGUGAAUUGGUUGGAGAGAUUUCCAGAAUAUAAGGAUAGAGAUUUCUACAUUGCUGGGGAAAGCUAUGCUGGGCAUUAUGUGCCUCAACUUGCACAUACAAUUCUUUAUCAUAACAAAAAGGCAAAUAAGAAAAUCAUCAACCUCAAAGGAAUCUUGAUUGGAAAUGCAGUGAUCAACGAUGAAACUGACACGCGAGGACUGUAUGAUUAUCUUGCUAGCCAUGCAAUCAUCUCAGACAGAGCAGCUUAUAUCAGCAAAGCUUGCGAUUCCUCUUCAUCAAAGAUUCUGAAAAGUGAUUGCGAUGCAGCUGAAGAUGAAACUGAGAAGGAUCUUGAAUACAUUGAUUUAUACAAUAUUUAUGCUCCACUAUGCAAGAAUACUAAUCUCACGGCCCUGCCCAAAAGGAGCACUGUUGUCACUGAUCCAUGCAGUGAGUAUUAUGUGUAUGCAUAUCUUAAUAGAAAGGAUGUUCAAGAGGCUCUCCAUGCAAAUGUCACCAACCUCAAAUAUGACUGGGAACCCUGCAGUGAUGUCAUUACUAAGUGGGUAGAUAGCUCUUCCACAGUCCUUCCACUUUUACAUGAAUUCCUCCAAAAUAACCUCAGGGUGUGGAUUUUCAGUGGUGACACAGAUGGAAGGGUGCCAAUUACUUCAACCAAGUAUUCGAUUUACAAGAUGAACCUUCCUGUUAAAACUGUGUGGCAUCCUUGGUUUUCCUAUGGAGAGGUUGGUGGCUAUGCAGAAGUAUACAAGGGAGGCCUAACAUUAGUUACGGUGAGGGAAGCAGGGCAUCAAGUGCCAAGUUACCAACCAGCAAGAGCCCUAACUUUGAUAAAAUAUUUCCUAGAGGGCACUCCUCUUCCUGGUCCUCCCAAAAGACAUGCCUAGUUUCUGGAGUCCUGAUUUCAAUAAUGAUUGUAGUUAUGUUUAAUUUUAAGGAAAAUAAAUUCAAUUAUAAUUGGGUUUCUUGGAAUCUAUUUUUGUUGAUCUUUCAUUGGUAAGACUCCUGUAAAUAAUCUCUCGCUAAAUCUUGAACAUGCCCUGAUAUGAAUGGGGCAAACUCCUGUUCUUUAAACUUUCUUGAACUAAAACAAAAAAAAAAAGAGAAUAUUUUUAUUUGAA